GCGCUGUACGGCUUCUGGAAACUCUCGCCGACUGAAGAUAUCCGAGACGUUUUCAAGGACGGGUUCCCGUCCAAGCCUGGAACACGGUCCGUGCUUGGUCGACGGUCCUAUAUUGACGAUAUUCUGAUCGGGGGAAAGUCUUGGGAUGACUUAGUGGAUUACUUGGGGCACGAGGUUUCGGAAAACGGACUCGGGGCGAAGACAAAGAACUUGAAAGCACUAGCGGUGCUGGAUUUUCCGCGCACGCAAAAGGGGUUACAGUCGUUCUUGGGUAGUCUAAAUUACUACCACCGCUUUAUCCCCGACUUCGCAAUCUUUGCCACCGCGCUCUACUCCCUCUCAGCCCGCAACUUCGAGGAACGCGCCACGAAUCCAGAAACGCGUGACGUGGAAAAGUGGGAUCACGCUGAACGCGCUGAUUGGGCCGUGUCGGCCGGUCUCACUCAAGAGCAUGACGGAGUGUACAUGCCGGCCAAGUUCACUAGCCAGACAUUGAAGCCCAACGAGCUGAACUACAGCAUCACCGAGAAGGAGAUCCUAGCGCUGCACGAGUGUCACAACAUGCUGGUGGGAAAGACGAUACGCGUCUUGACCCGACAUACAACCCUGGGUUGGCUAUUCCGGUCUAAAGGGCUGCAAGGUCGUCUGUCGCAAUGGGCCGCCAUCCUCUCCCCCUGGCGAUUGGAAAUCCUCCGGUCGGCGAAAGGGGAGGAGGAGAGUUUGGGAGCGUUGGCUGUGAGCAUCACGCCGAGGGCCCAUGCAGAUUCCGCAUUGGAAGAUAUCGCUCCUCGAAAACGCCCGUCUAGGACGGCCGCUAUCCCGGUCCCGAAAAUCGGACCGACCGAGAGCCUCCACGUGAUCAGCUUCGACUGGUCCGCGUCAAACGCGAAGGUGGUACAUUCAGCGCAGUAG